AUGGGAAACUCCCAGACGAAGGAGUCACGACCCGGAGCGCCUCGUCAGCAAUCCGAUGCAUCCGGUAGCGGCCGAACCGUGUAUCAAUCCACUCGGUCGGGCAGAAGCAGUCGACCGGAUCUCUCGGUGCUUGGAUUCGGGAGCAGCCAUCGUGAGGACCGUGAUGUGGCGACACUGGAGCAACGGCGUGAAACGAAGCAGGAGCGGGAGGCCCGCCGACAGGAGAAGGAAAAUGCCGCUCGAUUGAAGGAACGCGAGCGCAGCAUGAAAGAGGAACACGUGGAUGGAGGCUUUCUCGUGACGCAGGGUGUGUAUGUCGGCACGGAGGACUUUAACAAGGCGGUUGUUCGCCAACUGAUGAUUGAGCGACGACUAGCACCGUUUUGGAGAGGACUGAAUGACUUCUCCGAGUCUUGGGCGGAGCACCAGAUCAUGGCCGCCGCGCGGGGAUUGCCAAUUCCCCCGCCCGAUGAGAUUCCGCCCGAGUUGGAGUACUCUCCGCCCAAGGCCGGCGACACCAAACCCGCGGCGGGCGAGACGAACAUUCAGCAUUUGACGGUGUCCAUUACCUCUCGAUCCCAAUCGCUCAACUCGGACGUCUCGCAAAACUCCAACCCCGGCGGGUCACUACCCACUGCGGCGCCAUCUGGCACAUCCACCUCCCCCUUCUUCCGCACGCGCGCAAAGACCCUCGCUGCCUUGUCGAGCUCUUCGCGUCAUGGCUCCCAGACCGAUUUGACUCCACGGGAACUGCAGCUUCCCAAGGAUUCAUUUGUGAAUGGGCAGCCCAUCGAGGUCUACUUGUACAAGGACGCCACCGAGUGCCCCAUCUGCUUUCUGUACUAUCCUCCCUAUCUGAACCGUACCCGAUGUUGCGACCAGUCCAUCUGCUCCGAAUGCUUCGUCCAAAUCAAACGCCCCGAUCCCCACCCCCCAGAGCACGAACAACCGAAUCCGAAUGCGCCGCCCCGCAGUGAGGCUGAAAUAGCGGCAGCUGAAUCGAGCGAGAGUCAACUGGUGUCGGAGCCCUCGUCAUGUCCCUUUUGCGUGCAGCCCGAGUUUGGUGUCACCUACGCGGCGCCGCCUUUCCGACGAGGGUUGGUGUAUGCCACCGAUCUGACUUCCCGUCCCUCCCCCAACGUCGUGUCUCCUGGUUCCUCUACCACCUCCUUGGGCUCGGCGAAUGCUCUUCCGGUCCCCGGUCGACGCCGCGCCACUUCCUUGUCCACCACCGAUCCCAGUGUCGUCACGACUGACCGAGUUCGUCCGGAUUGGGCGCAAAAGCUUGCCAACGCUCGUGCCCAUGCUGCUCGGCGAUCCGCGGCGGCCACCGCGUUGCAUACUGCUGCAUAUUUGAUGAACUCGACGCCAUCUGGCUCUGGCUCUGGCAACGAUUCUCGAGGUCUUGGUUUGGGCCGACGCGGCUUGCGGAGGGCAACUCAUGGGGACGCCGGCCGGUCCGGCUCCCCUGCUCUCAAUGCUCUCGCGUUUCUCAGCGAACGGCCCGAUCGAACGCCCCCGAGAGCGCCUGCAGCCGAGAAUGAUUCAGCGGAAGACGGCCAGGUCAACCCGACAAGUACCCGAGAGAACGCACGUCGCAGUCGCAUCGAUGACCUUGAGGACAUGAUGAUGAUGGAGGCUAUUCGUCUGAGUCUAGCGAGCGAGGAGGAUCGACGGAGACGUGAGGAGAAGGAGAUUCGAAAAGAGGCCAAGCGCAGAGAGAAGGAGAGGGAGAAGGAAGCGAAAAGGGCGGAAAAGGCGGCUCGUAAGACCGGCCUGUAUAGUAACAACGCCAGCGUGUCGGCAUUGGGAGCCCAGGCGGAUACGAAAACUAGCAGUGCAUCCUCUGUCGCGGAGCAGUCAUCCUCGGCGAGCAAGGGCAAGGCCGUUGAUCGUGUGUCGCCAGGGCCCGCAAUGGCAGCUACGACAGCAGCUGAAUCCCCCACAUCUACUCCGUCCACCUCUCUCAGUCCGGCAGAUCAAUCUCUAGCGCCUCUCGACUCUGGGGCGGCGGUUGAACCCCUCAAACCAUCUCACCUUCGCCAGGUGUCUAGCACAUCCUCGUCGAUAUCUUCGAUGAUGGAGGCCAACGGGGGUGACUCCGACAUUAGUCCCGCGGGACCUGAUGGCGCGAAUGGGUCACUCGAACCGAUGUUCAACUUUCGCAGCUUGGCGGCCGUGAUCGAUGAUGAGGAGAAGAGCCAAGCUGCGGAACACGUUGAAGACACCGCAGUGCAGCAAACCGAAGGUUCUUCGAGCAAGGCACCUUCGGUUCAUCGACACUCCGCUGAUUCGACCAGCCCAGACUCCCCGGCCGUCGAAGUGGAGGAUAGCUCUGGUGGUGUCAUGCCCAAAGAGCUCGAGAGCCGGUCGGUGGAGAUUCUGCGUGAGACAAAGGCCGCGGCUACUCCAUGA